AGAGGCUCCCGUCGAAGGAAAUCAUUCAAGGUACAUCCGCUCUCCCAUUAGUUUAAAUAAUCGGCAUCAGAAUAUUUCAGCCCUGAUACUGCGGGAUUUCAGUUGAGUGCAAAUCGCUUUAUUUCUCAACAAGCUACCAUGGCGCUGAAAAUAAUUGGAAUUCUCUUGGCACUGAGUGCAAUAGCCCAUGCCAAGCAUUUGAAAUUAGAAGAAUCAUCCGAGGACUCUGACGACUAUGAGGGGUGGUUAUUUAAUGAUGUGAAGAGGAAUGAAAGAGAUCAGGAGAAAGAAGAAAUCAAAAUUUGUCGCACCGAUGCCUGUAAAAUUAUCUCUGAAGAAUUUAUAAAAAGUAUGAAUAAAUCGGUGAACCCCUGCGAUAAUUUCUAUGACUAUGUCUGCGGAGGGUGGAAUGGAAGGAUCGAUAUGAUACCACCCUAUGCAGGGAGCUGGGGUCGCGCGGAAUUGUUCCAAUUGACUGUGAACAAGAGGAUCAGAGGUAUCCUGGAAUCGGACCCUCAACCCAGUGAUAUUCUUCCUGUGAGACAAGCGAAAAAAAUGUACAGCUCCUGCAUGGACCUGGAAGAUCGAGACAGACGUGGACUUAAGCCCUUAGAAUCAAUUUUAAUGCGAACAGGAGGUUGGCCGAUGAUCAUGGACCCGGAGGAGUGGUACGAAGGGGAAAUAUCCUGGCAAGAAAUUGAGAAGAACUAUGUAUACAUUAAUGGCAAAUUCAUCUUCCUUGAGAUUGGAACGCCAUGGCAUAGGAAGGAAUUCGGCGAAGAGUUCCUCGAACAGAUAACGAUUGCACCCGGCUCUGUACCAUUUUCUAAGGAAUUCCCGAAGGAAUAUUUCCUGUCUAGAAAAAAAAUGCUAAAAGAGUACGCAAACGUGAUUAAAAGAGUUGCCAAGGAGUUCAUUAAACAUACUAAAUCCGCUGUGACCGAUGAAAUGUUGGAAAAAGAUAUUGAAGAUUUAGUGGCCUUCGAUAUGCAAAUAUUUAGGCUGAUAACGGAUGAUCACGACGAUGAAGAUUCGACUGUUGGGAAAUUCUUGGAAGGUUACAAUAAAGAUGUCGCUAAUCUCCCUGACAAAGAUAAGAUUGACUUCGAGAGUUAUUUCCGAAUUUUAUUUGGAAUGGAAGACAUUAAAAUUAAAAAUUCAAUGGCAAUGAGCAUUCAGUCUCCAACUUACUACAGCAGACUAACAGUCUUGUUGAAAGAGACACCCGCUAGAACGAUUGCAAAUUAUAUUCAGUGGAAAUUCGUGAGUACAACGUUGGGAUAUGCGACGAAAUCACUGGAGGAAAUUCUCACUUCAGUGGUGAAGAAAGAUAAUGGCGCAAAGCAAGGACCACCAAGGUGGAUGGAAUGUAUUCAGAACCUUGGCAUGGAUCAUGCUUCUUCCUACGCAUUCGUUAAGAAGUACUAUGAUAAGAACACUGAAAAAGCUGCAUUAUCAUUAACGGAAAAUGUGCGAGCGGAAAUGGAAUCGCAAAUCGAGGAGUCGGACUGGCUCGACGAUGCUGCUAAAGAAAUUUCAAAGGAUAAAUUGAGAAGUAUGCAAAUUUUCCUUGGCUUCCCCACCUGGUACGAAAAUAAGACUAUCCUGAUGAGCAUGUAUAAAGGGUUGAAGAUUGGAUACGAUUUCUUUGAGAACAUCCUGAGCUUCCAAAAGUAUUCAGUGAGGGAAAAAUUGCGAUACCUGAAAAAUGAGAAGGACGUGGAACUCUGGGCUAUGCAACCUGUAAUGGUCAAUGCCAUGUAUUCCGGGCCAACCAACAACAUAAAUAUUCCUGCUGCAGACUUCCAAGCCCCUUUCUUCACUCCAAACUUCCCAGAUAAUAUCAAUUAUGGUUCGAUUGGCUGCAUAAUAGGUCACGAGAUGGGGCACGGUUUCGAUGAUUCAGGAAUCAAACUGGACAAAGACGGCGAGGAAACCAAAUGGUCAAAGAGUAUGAUAGAAGGGUACUAUAAGCGUGCUGAAUGCUUCUUGGAUCAAUUUAACAACUAUUGGGGUGUAACGGAAAUUCCGUCUUACGGCGGAACUCCGGACUAUCGCGGGCGAAGCAUCGGCCGCAAAACGAGAGGUGAGAACAUUGCCGAUACGACAGGACUUCACUCUGUCCUCCAGGCGUAUCAGAAGUUACGAGAGAGGCGAGGCAGACCUGAUGAUAAACUGCCUGGCUUUGAAGAAUACACCGAUGAUCAAAUGUUCUUCAUUUCUUUCGCAUCGGCGUGGUGUCAAGUCGCGAGGCCAGAAUACGCCGAAACGCUGAAGAAUCAAGAUCCGCACAGUCCACCACGUAUGAGAGUGAUGGGGGCAGUGUCGAACAUGGAAGCUUUCGCCGAAGCUUUCAACUGUCCGAAGGGAAGUCCGAUGAAUCCGGAGGACAAGUGUGCUAUUUGGGAAUCUGAGAAAGAGCCUCUACCCAAUGAAAUUGACGACAACCUGUGGAGCAAAAGACGACAUCGCCGUCGGUGGGGCCUCAACGGAUGUCAUUAUUAUUGCAUCAGCACACUUGAUCUAACACGCAUCGCACAGUAUUUUAUAAUAGCAAAAGGAGAUGCAUACAUUGCGUCGGUAGUUAGGACUAAUAAACGCGAUAAUAAUUUCUGUGUAAAACGUCAUACAUCUCUCGCCAGUGAAGAGGAUUGCCAAGCGCUAUCAUCUCCCGUUGAUUCUGAGAUGAAAUUCAAAUACAUAGUAUUUCUUCUAAUAAUUAAAUGGAUCGAUCGAGUCACCUGUUACUCUGUUGUUCGAAAUAAUCGAGACUCGUCGACAGUUUGCAGGUCUGAGGAGUGCAGAGUACUCGGAAAUAUGAUUGUAGAGGGAAUGAAUACAUCGGUGAAUCCCUGUAAUGAUUUUUGGGAAUACACCUGUGGAAAUUUGAUCUCUCGAAGUUCUAUUCCUCCCGGUGAGCCUGUAUUGAACCGUUUCACAUUGUUAUUCAAGAGAGCGAAGGAGAAAACACGUGAUAUUUUGGAGAGUGCUUCCAAAUCCACCGACUACGAUAUGCUGAAUAAAGCGAGGAGAUGGUACAGCUCGUGCAUGAAUACAGGUCAGAGAGAAGCAGUUGGGAUCAAACAACUGUGGACUAUUAUGGAGAAUAUUGGCGGAUGGCCGAUAACAAUGACGGACCGUGAAUGGGCAGCGAGGAAUGUCUCGUGGCAGAAUGUCGAUCUUUAUUACGGUGGGUUAAUCGGCCGGCAUGCAUUUUAUUUGAUAGAGAGCGGAAAGAAUUAUGCGGAUCUACUGCGGUAUAAAAUUAUGAUCUCGAAAGCACCUCUUCCGUUAGCCUAUAAAUUGCCAAUCCAGCGAAAGAAGUUCGACCAGAAGGACAGAGCUGCCUACAUAAACCUCAUAAAAAACGUUGUCCAGACUUUUAUUGACGCAAAAGGUUCCAGCAUUGAUGCCGGUCGCCUCUCCAAGGACGUAAAUGACAUGGUCAACUUCGAAGUCAAGCUGAGCAAAAUCCCAUCGGGAAGAUUAUUCCAAUAUCCUACAGUGGAUUACGUUACGUCCCACUAUGACUAUUAUUUUGGAUCGAGUAAAACAGCCAAGGCCAACAUAACCGAUUAUAUCCAGCAAAUCUACAAUUUGGGAAAUUUGACGAUACCAUCUAAUGAAGUUAUCAAUGUGUACUAUGAUUACAUGAACGAGUUGGGCACACUUUUGAAGGGCACACCUAUGCGCACUAUUGUGAAUUAUGUGCAUUGGAAUUUUGCUAGCGAUCUCAUCGACGCCACUAAUCGCAGGAUGAAUAAUUUUCUGGCUGAAUUCAAAAGGGAUACGUACGGCAUCAGAGGAAGCAGACCUGUCUGGGAGGAGUGUGUGGGAGCGAUGCAUCUGCAUCAUGCUGUUGGCCCGGAGUUUAUCAGAAAAUAUUUCACUGAUCGAGACAAGGACACGGCCAUGAGAAUGAUUGCGUCGUUGAAGUCAACGCUGGAAGAAGAGAUUCGAAAAGCUGAAUGGAUUGAUGAUUACACGAAAAAUAUAAUUAUUAGGAAGCUGAAAAAUAUUAUUGCAUUGGUUGGAUAUCCAGAUUGGUACGAUAAUAAAGAAUUCAUGGCUACAGCCUAUUGGGACCUCUCGAUAACUUCGAAUUAUCUUGACAAUCUCAUCAGCUGGGCGAAAUUCGUAAGAGGGAACAACGCCAGAUUACUGAGGAGUAAGGACACACGAACUUUGUGGUAUGGGGAUCCCGUAACUGUCAAUGCCUUCUAUCGGGUUUUUCUGAACAAUAUCAAUUUGCCGGCGGCAACUUUCCAACUCCCGUUUUUCUCGUCGGUCCUCCCAAAUGUUGUGAAUUAUGCUGUACUCGGUUCCAUCACUGGCCACGAAAUUUCCCAUGCAUUCGAUCCCCUAGGUAUUCAGUAUGAUGAGAAUGGAAGAUUCCGGAGAUUGGGAUCAAAUUUUAUGGGAAGUUAUAUUGAAAAUGCAGGAUGCUUUGACGAUCAGUAUAAGAAGUAUGGACGGAAUAAUAGGAUGGGUAUAAUGACACUCAACGAAAAUAUAGCUGACAAUCAAGGAGCCCGAAUGUCCUUCGAGGCAUAUGAAUCGCUCACCCUCAAAAAAAAUUCACCCGAAGGAAAAUUACCAGGACUCGAGAACUACUCAGCCGAGCAGGCAUUCUUCAUCCUCUUUUCCAGCUUAUGGUGCAGUAAAGCCACCCCAGAAUUCAUGAGGAAAAAAACAACGGAUGAGGAGGAUCACCACAGUUUCCACCGUUUGCGGGUCAUUGGUACCCUAUCAAACAUGGAAGAUUUUGCAAAAGCCUUUAACUGUCCAAAAGGAUCACCCAUGAAUCCCCGGAACAAAUGCAAUCUCUGGACGAGAAAAGCACGAACGAAUCAAGAUUUAGCGAGAUGGAUGUGGGGCCAUUCCGUUUGAUUGAGACGAAUGAUAAUACUAAAUUGCAUUUUAUGUACAUUUUUU